AUGCUGCAGCCCCGGAUAGCUCGCCUCCAGCCCUCCCGCCUGGGCAAGUCGCUGCUCUCUGCCCGCCGCAGCUAUGCACAAGCCCAAGCCCAAGCCCAAGCCCAAGCGCACACAAUUGACCAGAAGCCUCCGCCAACACUGCAACCACAAGUCGCUGCUGAUGGCGGUGUGGCCAGAGCAGAGGGCUCGCGGAGAGAGCGAUUCAUCCCACUACGCACAUACAAGCCCCGCACCCCCGGCCUGCGACAUCUCAAGCGUCCUGUCAACGACCAUUUGUGGAAGGGACGACCGUACCUCAAGCUUACCAUGGAGCGCAAGGGACAGCAUCUCGGCGGGCGGAACAACACCGGCCGCGUGACGGUCAGGCACAGAGGCGGCGGCCACAAGAGGCGCAUACGCAUCAUCGACUACAAGCGCUACCUGCCCGGCAAGCAUGUCGUCGAGAGGAUCGAGUAUGACCCGAACCGCAGCUCUCACUUGGCCCUCCUCACCCGUGUAGAGACGGGAGAAAAGUCGUACAUUGUCGCGGCCGAUGGUAUGCGUGCUGGAGAUGUGGUCGAGAGCUACAGAACGGGUAUUCCCAAGGAGCUGCUCGCCAGCAUGGGGGGAGGUAUUGAUCCCGGUAUGCUGGCUGCAAAGACGGCUGCGCGAGGCAACUGCCUUCCUAUUCACAUGGUACCGCUUGGCUCGCAAGUAUACAAUGUCGGCUCCAAGUCAAAGGGGGGAGGCGUCUUCUGCCGCAGCGCAGGUACCUACGCCAUCAUCGUGAACAAGGAGGAGGUAGAAACGACCAAGGGCACAGAGAUCAGGCACGUCAUCGUCCGUCUGCAGAGUGGAGAGAUUCGCAAAGUCAGUGGAGACGCCUGUUGCACAAUUGGUGUCGCCAGCAACCCUCAAUCCCAUUUUACUUCGCUUGGAAAGGCUGGACGGUCGAGGUGGCUAGGAAAGCGACCAGAGGUUCGUGGUCUCGCCAUGAACGCCGCUGACCAUCCCCACGGUGGUGGUCGAGGUAAAUCAAAGGGGAACGUGCACCCUGUCAGUCCCUGGGGUACUCCAGCCAAAGGAGGCUACAAGACGAGAUACAAGAGGAAUAAGCACACAUUCCUUGUUCAAGACAGGCCGCGCAACCAAGGAAAGCGCAGACCCAAAUAA